GGUCCUUCAUAAAGCGCCUCUGUGUUGGUCUCCCGUGCAUCCUCUGCCUCGGACAGAACACUGCCUGAUCCACCGGUGCAGCGUUCAGCAGUAGCCAUGUCUCACGGAUGGGGAUACGGACCGAGCGACGGACCUGACAAGUGGGCAGAACACUUUCCACUUGCUAAUGGACCCAGGCAGUCUCCCAUCAACAUAGUUACCAAGGAGGCCCAAUAUGAUCCGUCUCUGAAGCGCCUGAAGCUCCAGUAUGACCCGUCCAGUGCCAGGGGCAUUCUCAACAAUGGACACUCCUUCCAGGUGGACUUUGUGGACGACACCGACAACUCCACCCUUACUGGAGGCCCCAUCUCUGGAACAUACCGACUGAAGCAGUUUCAUUUCCACUGGGGAAGCAGUGAUGAUAGAGGCUCUGAGCACACUAUUAACAGCAUCAGAUUCCCUUGUGAGCUUCACCUUGUGCACUGGAAUACCAAAUAUCCCAGCUUUGGAGAGGCUGCUGACAAGCCUGAUGGACUGGCUGUGGUUGGAAUCUUUCUCAAAAUUGGUGCAGCCAACCCCCGGCUUCAGAAAGUUCUGGAUGCUUUGGACUCUAUUAAGACAAAGGGAAAACAGACAACUUUCUCUAACUUUGAUGCAAGAACUCUUCUUCCUGGUUCUCUGGAUUAUUGGACUUAUGAUGGAUCUUUGACAACUCCACCCCUUUUGGAGAGCGUCACCUGGAUUGUCCUCAGGGAGCCCAUAAGUGUCAGCCCUGCUCAGAUGGCAAAGUUUCGAAGCCUCCUGUUCACUGGAGAAGGAGAGGCAGCGUGCUGCAUGGUGGACAACUUCCGUCCUCCACAGCUCCUCAAGGGCCGUCAAGUCCGUGCUUCCUUUAAGUAAAUCUUAGUUAUACAGGGGGUAUGCAAAUUAUUGAACACGUCAUAAUUUUUCAUAGUAAGCACAUUUUUGCUAUUGACAUGGAACACCUGGUGUUACUGAUGCUAGGUGUUGGUAACAAUGGAAUGAAGAGAACUUAAAUUCAUACAUAGAAAAAAUUAAACAAAUCAGUUCAGAAAUUAAAUUAUGAGUGAUAAUAAAAAAUGAAUUGUGCUAUUCUAGCAGUUUUAUGUUCUGUCUCUGCAGCUGGUUGAGAGCUUCCUUGUCUCUGUGUUUGGGAUCAUUGUCCUGCUGAGAUGUCCAGCCUUUUUUCGUCUGUCAGAAGGCUUUUCUCUAUGAUGUCUGUACUUUUUACCAUUCAUCUUUCCAUCAAUUACAUGAUUUCUGCCAGUACCAUAUGCAGAAUUAGAUAUUGAUGUUCCCAACUCCAAACUUCACUGUCUGCCUGGCGUUUGUGGGGCAGUUCAUUUUGUCCUUCUAAUAUGUGUUUGUUAUGGCAUCCAAAGAGUUCGAUAUUGCUCUUAUCUGACUAAUCUGUGUUCUCCCAGUGCUUUUCAGACUUGUCCAAAUGUUGUUUAGCAAACAUUAAACAAGCUUAAACUUGCUUUGACUCCAGACAUGGAGUUUUGCAUGGGGAGCGUACAUACAGACCACAGCUUAUUGUUUUCUGAAACAAUUCUACUUGCCAACUCCAUAUCUUCCUGAAGGGCCCAGCGUAGCUCAAUCACAGUUGAACUGUCAAUGUACAGCCAUGUUGUUUUCAAAUUUUCAUUUGUGCAAAGACCUUUUACGGUCCACAAAACACACUGAAGUGAGCUUCCCUCCCACUGCAGAAUACAUCUUGAUGUGUUUUUUGCCAUGUAUAUAAUUUACAAUCAUACCAAUUAUGGCAGAGAAAAAACUAUUAUGAGUUGAGAAGUUCAGAGGAGAGGGGAAUAAUAUUUGACAGUCUGAAAAUUAUUUUUUUCCCAUGUCAUUAAAAAAAACAAAAAGACAAACGCUAGGCAUUGAUGAGUCAUUCUCCUGCUUAGACUGAGAAAACAGCCAGAGUAAUACCUCAGUAUAUACUUCAACAAUUUCAGUCAAUUUCUCUCUGACUGAAAGACCAGUGCUCUGACUAUCUGUGCUACCCGACUAUCUGUCCUACCUUGCACAGAUAUUAGUCAGAUCAACAGCCCAUGUAAAUUGUGUGACAGUUUCCUGAAUAAACACACCAUGAAAUUCAGAUCAAUCACACAAUCUUUCAGAGAAGGGGCAAGAAGUUCACCAGUGGGGCCAACAGCAUAAGGAAGAGAACAAAAUAAAGCAAUUUUCGUCAUGAAACUGCAACAACUAGAACUGUUUUCAGCAAUUUGGCUUCUAUAGGCCAUUAGUUUGGACUGAACCAGCUGAUAUUCAUUUGCAGGAUGUCUUUCUGAUCACUGAUGGUUUUGAACUGGUGUCUUGGCUUUCCAUGUCUUUUUCCACUUCCCUUUCUGUGUGUUCAAUACUUUUCCCUCAUUACUGCACAUAACUUAAUUUUUGAACUUGUUUGUUUUGGUUUCUUCUAUAUAUGGAUUACUUCAAAUGUUACAAACACCUGGUUAAAAAGUCAUAUUUACUCUGACAAAUUGUGAUGUGUUUAAUACAGCUGUAUUCCAAAGUGUCUUUAUCCAAUAGCUUUCCCUUUCAUGUUCAUUCUUAGAACUAUUAAUACACAGAAACAGCUUUUUAAUUUCCUGCUUGUCUCCAGCUACUUGAAAAUUAAACCUUCUGCUUUAUUUUAUCUCUAGAAUGUUUUGCCUUUGUUUUCAUCUGAGGACGAAUAAAUGCCAACAUUUUUGUUAAAUCUUAUUUGUAAUCUCUGAAACAUUCGAAUAGCAAACUAAUGCAUGAAUAAACAUAUCCAUUAAAUUUAUGAGUGUGGUUGUUAUUUUAAAAAUAUAAUCUUUGAAAUUUUGGCUAUCUUUAUACUAAGAUUUAUUGAGGUCUAAAAAAUGACAAAAUGAAUUACUGAAUAUUUUGUUAAUCUUUAACUUAUAAUUAUAUUAUGCCUGUUUGUGAAGUAUGUGGAGUUAUUUCAGAUUUAUUUGCUAAUAAAAGCCUGUGUGUUUUAUGAAAUAUUUUCCAAGCUCGAGUCUUUUCUUGGAUUGUAUUCUGUUCAUUAAAUUGCUAAAUAAAAGCAAUUUUAUUGAAAACUUC